UAAUGAUUUUUAAUAUGCGUUACUCAAUAAUCGAAUUAUUUGGAAAUUUUAUUAUUAAAACUAAUUUUGUAACUGUUGCAAUUUUGAAAUGAAAUCAAUAUGUAUAAACAUGGCACAUUUUGAAGAGGAAGGAAGUGUAAGUGACAAGGAAUUAAAUGAAAGUAUUAGUAGUACAGGAAAAGAAAAUUCUCAAGAAGAAAUUGAAAAUAAUGCUCGUAUUGAUGAAGAACAAAAAGAAAAAUUAGUAAAAUUACCAUUAGGUAGAAUAAAAACAAUUAUAAAAAUGGAUCCUGAAGUACAUAUGGUUAACCAAGAGGCUGUUUUCUUAAUUACAAAAUCUACGGAACUUUUUAUUGAUUCUCUUGCUAAAGAAUCAUAUAAAUAUACAGCACAAAUGAAAAAAAAAACAAUACAAAAAAGAGAUGUAGAAAGUGCAAUUAAUAAUAUUGAUGCACUUGUAUUUUUAGAAGGAAUGUUAGAUUAAAAUUUAAUAAAAUAUUUAAUUUUUUUAUAUUUCAAUAUAAUAAUAAUAUAAUAAUAAUAAUAAUAAUAUUAUCUUUUUAUUUUUUUUCAAUAUUAUAAUAUU